AUGCAAGAAGACCUUGUGGCACUUUUCUCCCGGCAAAUGCGUAUGGAUAUACCAAUACCGUCUGGCAGUCAGGAGAUGCUACCAGCCGUCCAUCCUCCGGUCGCGUACAGUAUCACCCAACACUAUCAUCACUCCUCGCAUGUGGCCCGCUGCACCUUUCCAGCAGGCUCACCAGAGCAGGAUGAGCCCUUGGAUCCUAACGUGACUCCAAGCUCAGUACAUGAAAUGCUGAGAUUGCAAAACAUCAACCCAUCAUCCCUUACUCCCACACAGCUACAGUUAUUUGAGAAUGCAAUGCCAGAGCAACGAUCACGCUUAAUCCAGAUCUGGCAAAUCUUCCCAGAGUCUAGAGAUGCAUCCACCGACCCAAGCUUGGAGAGGGUGAAACAGUCGAGCUCCGAGCUUUAUGCAUAUUCUUCAGGAGGGGCAGCGAUCAAUGCACAUGAUUCAAACCUAUCAGCUCAUAUGGGUUAUAUUGAUGAUUUGGACAUGUGUGAUUUAAUGCACGAUGGAGGUAACGAUGAAGAUGGACACCAGUAUGCCGAGCCAUAUAUGAUAUCCGGUUAUGAAGUUCUUGCACAGAGAGACUAUGAACUAUGUGCAGGUAAAAUUGUGCCUGUGAUGAAUGAGCCGACGACGGGGUCACCAUAUAAGCUGUCAAACGACCCUAUCUACAGGGCUCAGGGUCAUCAAUGGUGGGAAAAGAUACGUUGA